AUGGCUUCUUGUGUGGCUGUCUCUGACGGCAUCAUCAACGUGUUCAAUGACGUGAAGGUGCGCAAGUCAUCAACACUAGAGGAGGUGAGGUGCAAGAAGGCGGUACUCUUCUGCCUGAGUGAGGACAAGAACAUCAUCCUGGAGGAGCGCAAGGAGAUCCUGGUAGGUAAUGUGGGCCAGACUGUCAACAACCCCUACACCACCUUUGUCAAGAUGCUGCCAGAUGAAGACUGCCGCUAUGCCCGCUAUAAUGUGACCUAUGAGUCCAAGGAGAGCAAGAAGGAAGACCUGGUAUUCAUCUUCUGGGCCCCUGAAUGUGCACCUGAUAAGAGCAAAAUGAUCUAUGCCAGCUCCAAGGAUGCCAUUAAAAAGAAACUGAUGGGGAUUAAGCGGAUAAAGCAUGAAUUACAAGCAAACUGCUAUGAGAAGUUCAAGGAUCACUGCACCCUGGCAGAGAAGCUGGGAGGCAGUGCCUUCAUCUCCCUGGAGGGUAAACCUUUGUGA